AUGACCAUCCGUAUGAUAACGCGAAUCUCACCUCACAUUGUUCUUUGUCUCUCUUCAUAUCUAUCAAUCUAUCUAUCUAUCUAUCUAUCUAACGAUCUCUGGUCUGUUAAUAUCUAUCUAUCUAUCUAUCUAUCUAUCUAUCUAUCUAUCUAUCUAUAUGUAUGCUCGCAUGACAUCGGCACAAUACGGGAAGUGACAGUUACCGGUCAAAAGCCCAACCCAAUUGACGUAGGUUGCGGGUGCCUGGGGUCACCACCGUCGGUGGGAGAGAUCAUCACGUCUCAAUGGACAGCUACCGCCCGCCUCAAGCUGGGCAGCCCUCAGCCAGGCCUGUCUCAGGAUGACCCAAAGCAACACGGCGUAGGCUUCGCUGUGAGGAACUCGCUGAUACCAGCCAUUGAACCACCAACUGGCGGAUCUGAGGGAAUCCUAGCACUGCGCCUCUCAACAUCUACAGGUUUCGCCAACGUCCUCUGUACCUAUGCGCCAACAUCUGCGCUACCCCAGAGCGCAAAGGUCGACACAUCCUUCUUCAGUGCCACUGACAUCGACAGAAGAUGGCACCACCUCCGUGAUGCCAUAUACACCUCAGCCCUUACUGCGUUCGGGAAGAAGGAUCAUCGAAAUGCGGACUGGUACGAAGUUCACUGGGAUGAGAUACAGCCAGCCUCUCAAGCCAAGAGACAAGCACUUCUGGCCUACAAGGAAAACCCUUGCGUCAAUACCCGCGAUGCCCUCAGACCUGCUCGCAGCAAGACCCAACAGACUACAUGCCGCUGUGCCAACGACUACUGGCUGAACCUGUGCAGCAGGAUUCAGACGGCUGCCGACAGUGGGAACGCAAGAGGCAUAUACGCCGGCAUCAAAAUCGCCACCGGCCCCACUCCCAUCAAGACGGCUACGCUGAAGUCCAGGGCAGGAGAGGUCAUUACAGACCAGGGCAAGCAGUUAGAGGGCUGGGUGGAGCACUACCUGGAGUUUUAUGCAACCCAGAAUGUGGUGACGGAUGCCGCCCUGGAUGCCUUGCCCAGUCUCUUAGUCAUGCAGGAGUUGGAUGCCAGCGCUUUCUGCAGAAGAACUCGGAAAAGCCAUAGUCUCUCAUUCGGGAGGGCCCCUACGAGCAGAAGCGGAAUCUUCAGCCUCCUGGAGAGGAAGGUAGGAUGUCCGCCAAGACUGCUCCACGAGGACAUGCACAGCACAGUCUGCUACAACGGCGGAGCUUCCGACGCCUUACCUGCGUUGCUGUUGGGCCAACGGGACGAGUACAGAUUGGCAAUGGGCGAGCAGCUGAGUGUUCAGCCAUUGCUGUUGAUGAAUCCAACUUCACUGCCACCUUCGACCAUCGGAGGCGAUCCUGGACUGAUUGGCGCCAUUCAUGUGGAUGAACGAACGCAGACCAAAUCAUGUCCAUCCAGAGGCGACCUGUGCAGCGCCAGAAAAACCGUCCAUCGCCGUUAA